AUGGAGAAGAUUCUCUCUCAACGACUUGAAAGACUUGGAGAACAUUCACAUAUUAGAGGAAUAGGGUUAAAUGACCGUUUAGAACCUCGUCCAUCUGCUGAAGGAAUGGUUGGACAAUAUCAGGCGCGAAAAGCAGCAGGAGUCUUAUUACAGAUGAUUAAAGAAGCUAAAAUUACAGGCCGUGCAAUUCUUAUUUCAGGACCUCCUAGUACAGGCAAGACAGCUAUUGCUAUGGGAAUGGCUCAAAGUCUUGGUUCAGAGGUUCCAUUUACUAUGAUUUCAGCAUCAGAAAUUUUUUCAUUAGAAAUGAGUAAAACAGAGGCUUUGAUUCAGGCUAUUCGGAGGAGUAUUGGGGUUAAAAUUAAAGAAGAAUCUGAGAUAAUUGAAGGAGAAGUGGUAGAAAUUCAAAUAGAUCGUUCAAUUACAGGUGGGAAUAAACGUGGAAAAAUGAUCAUGAAAACAACGGAUAUGGAGACUGUUUAUGAUUUAGGGAAUAAGAUGAUUGAUGCUUUAACAAAAGAAAAAGUUAUUGCAGGAGAUGUAAUUUUAAUCGAUAAAGCAUCAGGUAAAAUUUCAAAAUUAGGAUGUUCAUUUGCACGAGCAAGAGAUUAUGACGCUAUGGGAUCAGAUACGAAAUUUGUUCAAUGUCCUGAAGGUGAGCUUCAAAAACGAAGAGAAGUGACACAUACAGUAUCUUUGCAUGAAAUUGAUGUAAUUAAUUCCAGAACACAGGGAUUCCUUGCAUUAUUUUCUGGAGAUACAGGCGAGAUUCCUUCAGAAGUUCGAGAUCAAAUUAAUACUAAAGUCAAUGAAUGGAAAGAAGAAGGAAAAGCAGAAAUAUGUUCAGGCGUUCUUUUUAUUGAUGAAGUUCACAUGCUUGAUAUAGAAUGUUUUUCAUUUUUAAAUAGAGCUUUAGAAGACGAUCUUUCACCUAUUGUCAUUAUGGCAAGUAAUCGAGGUAUUGCUCGUAUUAGAGGCACUAAAUAUAAAAGUCCUCAUGGCAUUCCACUUGAUUUCCUUGAUAGAAUGUUGAUUAUUUCAACUUCUCAAUAUAGUGUGGAUGAAAUUAAACAAAUUUUACAUAUAAGAUGUCAGGAAGAAGACGUAGAAAUUUCCCCUAAUGCACUUAGUCUUUUAACAAAGAUUGGACAAGAAACUUCUAUUCGCUAUAGUAUCCAUUUAAUUGCUACAGCAUAUCUUAUAGCACAAAAAAGAAAAUCAACGCAAAUAGAUAUUGAAGAUAUACAGAAAAGUUAUACAUUAUUUUUGGAUCAAGCAAGAAGCGUUCAAUACUUAGAAGAAUAUGCUCAACAAUAUAUAUCUGAAAAUGAUUAUAUUGAUAAAAUAGAUGAUAUUAAACCAAUGGAAGUCUUCUAA